UUUUCAACCUAUGUCGGAGUGGGAAUGAAAUUUGGAAAGCCCGCAUCUUCUUCAUUCUCUCAACAAAAUCAAUUUCUUCCAUUACAAAAAAACUCACUCUCAUAAGCUUUUCUCUAUCAUGUCCCUCCCUCCCCUUCUCUCUCUACUCCGAUUCCGCAACCCGUGAAGAGAGAAUGGCGUCCAUUCAGCACCCGAACAACAGCAACGGCGCCGCAUCGCCGAUGCCGAGAGUCCACCCCCAGUUCUCUACGGUCUCCGUUCAGAAGCUUCGCCGCGUCAACCUCAUCAUGCUCGUCUUCCGGUUCGGCGCCUUCUGCUUCUCCCUCGCCGCCGCCAUUUUCAUGUUCUCCAAUUCUCACGGAUCCGGCUCUCCCAGUUGGCACAACUUCGGCGCAUUCAGGUUUGUGGCGGUUGCGAAUGGAAUUGUGGGCUUAUAUUCUCUCUUCGAAGUCGGAGCUUCAGUGUGGGAGAUUUCUAGAGACGCGACCGUCUUUCCCGAACCAGUCCAAGUGUGGUUCGAUUUCGGCCACGAUCAGGUUUUCGCGUACAUGCUGCUGUCGGCGGGAGCGGCGGGAGCGGCGUUUGGCCGGACGUUGGCGAACAGUGAGACGUGUACGGAGGAGAAUGCGUUUUGCAUCCAAUCGUACAUCUCGAUCGGGUUAGGAUUUGCCGGGUUCAUUUUCCUGGGUCUUUCAUCCCUGAUGUCCGGGUAUCGGGUUGUGUGCUUCAUAUUGUACGGGUCUCGAUAUCCGGCUUGAGAAAAUUAGUGGGCCAGAUUAAUGUGUAGAUGAGCGCUGGUACGCUUUGAGCCUGGCCCAUACCACAGUUUAACAUUCUUUAUUAUCUGUCGUUGUGGUGUAGAUUAUGAUUGGUAGUUGGACAAACCGCGUUGUGAUUUAUUAUAUUCCGUAAUAAAUGAAUGUCGUAAAAUGAAAUAUGGCUCUUUCAGAGAAUAAUUCGUAAAACAAAAUUUAUGGUACAGUGGUACACAUUUUGUGUACACUCCAUAAUUGGCUAUAUAUACGGGUAAUCCUACAUUUGCAUCAAAUUAGUUUCAACUCAAUUUGCUAUACUUCUUCUUGAUGAACGUUAAAAACUAUAUAUACCUGUAAUUUAAUCUCGAACCGAGAGUUGCUCAAGUGACCGACUGCAAUUAAUACUAGAUCAUGGAGGCCUCAAGUGGCAUGAGAGUCAACCGAUCAUGUUAGAGCACCACAUACCCCCCCAUAUACCUUCAUAUAUUAUAAAUAACAAUAUUUAAUUCAUUGUAAGAUUGAGCAUUCAUUUACUCACAAGCUUAUAUUGUAUUCUAGCUCUUGUAUUAGCCUUUGGACUGUAACUACCGUUCGACCAUUUUUGUGUAAUCGUUAUUACUGUGUUAAUAUAAGCAAGACUGUUUGCGUGAA